UUUUUAUUAACAGUAGUUAUAUAAAACGCGUGGAAUUUUAGGUUGUAAACACAAAAAAGACAAAAAGGAAGAGAUGGUUUUGUUUGAUACAAGUCAAAUAAAGAAGGAGGUGAUAUGUGUGGGACCUUAUCUAGUCCCGUUUCUCAAGACCGCCUGUCUUUACUUCAUCAUAAAUCCCGAGAUAGGGACCAUCGCUCACGCUGUCAUUAAGCUACUGCCACUUUCAUUUUUAAUUACUUUCGUUUGGGCCCAAGGGCUCAGAGAGAACAAGUACAACCAGUGGAUAAUGGCUGGGUUAAGCGCCUGUGCCCUUGGUGAUCUACUCCUGGUUUGGCAAGAGGCGCAUGAUGCCUUCUUCCUAGCUGGCAUGGCCUGCUUUGGUAUUGGCCAAAUUGCUUAUACAGUUGGGUUUGGACUCAAGCCGUUUGGACUUAAAGAACUAGCUCUAUCGAGUCUAGUAACUGGAAUCAUUGUUCACUUCAUUUCGUCUUGUCUCUCUCAGCCACUGUCAACCAUUGUUCCUAUCUAUGCCAUGCUUCUUUCUUUCACAGCAUGGAGGGCGCUCGCUCGCUUUAAUUUAAACGGGGACAUCCCCUGGAGGAAGAUAUAUGCGGCAGCUGGUGCAAUAUUGUUUGCAUUCUCCGAUACUGUACUGGCUGUCAAUAAGUUCUGUACUCCCUUGCCUUAUGAGACGCCAUUGAUCAUGAUCAGCUAUUAUGGAGCUCAAAUGUUCAUAACUUUCUCCAUCAUUAACUCAAGACUCACUAUUAGUCAAGACAAAACAACAACCAGCUCCAAAAACAACAACAACAACAACAAUGCUCUUAUUAAGACAUCAAUAGAUUCUUGUUGAUGUUCUUUCUUUUCUUUGCCCUCCUUCUCUAUUUAUCCUCCCUCAUUCUCUUUCUCCAUUUUCGGUCAUAUUGACUCAUCAUAUCAAAUCAUUGUAUCAUCUAUUGAUAAUUUUGUGUACAUUAUGUUACAUAUCUAAUGAUUAUUUAUUUUGUCUUCUUGUUUACUCUUUGUUUACAUCCAGUUCCUUAUCAUAAAUUAAUUAUAGUGAA